AUGCACGAAGCAGAUGUCUGGGUAGAUAGUUUACAUGUUGGUCGUCAUCUCGGUGGUUAUUUACCCUUCUAUAUUGAAAUUCCAAGCGGCAGGAACAUAACAGUUCGUCUUCGUAACACUGACAAUUCUCUUAUUCCACCAGGUAAAAAUUUGUUUGCAUUAGAUUUUAAUUAUUAUGGUGGUCUCUAUCGUCAUGUAUGGCUUUUGAGAAAAUCUGCCCACCUUCGUUUCGAUCGACAUAUUCGCAUUCAAUAUGAAAAUAUUAGUCGAGCUCAAGUGACUCUUCGUGUACAGUUCAGUGUCAUUCAUACACCUAGUAAACUCGGUCAAUAUCGAAUCCGAUACUUGUUGGAUGGUCAUGAACUAUUGCCUUCUUCCGUUUUACUUCAAGAAAAUUCAUCAAAGAAAUCUGAUUCAUAUGAUGUAAAAAUGAAUGUUUUUAAUCCUCGCCUUUGGUCACCAUCACAACCGAAUCUCUAUGAGUUUCUAUUGGAACUUUUAUCAGACAUAGGAACAGAAGAAGGCAUAGUUGAUCGACACAACAUCAGCAUUGGACUUCGUUCACUAGAGUUUCGAUCUGAUAAUUCACAUUUAUUUUUGAACGGACAACAAAUGGAUUUUCUUGUUGGAACAAAUCGACAUCAAGAGUAUCCUUAUGUUGGCUAUGCUCUUUCUGAUCAAGCACAGUAUCGUGAUGCUUACAAAAUAAAAAAAGCCGGUUUCAACUUAGUCCGUUGUUCCCAUUAUCCACCAUCGCCAGCUUUUCUCGAUGCCUGUGAUCGAUUGGGACUUCUUGUUAUUAAUUCAAUUCCUGGUUGGCAGUUCUUUAGUAACGAAACUUUUCAAAAGAAUAGUCUCGAUGAUGUACGCCAGAUGUUGCGUCGUGAUUGCAAUCAUCCGUCGGUUUUUCUCUGGGAAGCAAGUCUCAAUGAAAGUCCGAUGACAAAAGAAUUCAUGGCUCGUGCUCAUGCAAUUGUCAAAGAAGAGUUGUCGCAUGGAUUGACUAGUGGAUGGCUCGAUGAAGAAAAUAUCUAUGAUGUAUUUACACCAGCUCGACAACAUGGUCAACCGCCUGAUUAUUAUAAAAAUUAUCGAGCAAAGAAUAACAAACCACUUCUUCUAGCCGAGAGUCAAUGCACAUCCUGUGCACCAAUGAUAUUUAUCGCUAGUUAUUGGACAAAUUCAUCCAAUACAUCUGUUACAGUUUAUUCCAAUUGUGAACAUGUUGAGCUUCAAUUGAAUGGCGAGAGAAUUAUGAAUGGUGGUAAACAGCAGCACGAUUCAUCUCAUCUUCUACGUCCUCCGUAUAUUUUUAAUAUUGAUCGUUACAUACCUGGUCGUUUGGAUGCUACUGGUUUUAUAAGUGGAAAAGCUGUUGUUCGAAUACAUCAAUCAACGCCUGGGAAUAUUCGUCAUCAUUUGAAUAUUGAAAUUGAUCUGAGUGGACAAUCAUUGACAACAAAAGAUCUUGUCUUCGUCUAUGCCUAUAUAUGCGAUCACAACGAUACUGUUAUUCCCAAUGCAGACGACUUGAUUACAUUUUCUCUUCUCAACGCUCGCAACUAUGCAUUGUUGAUUGGUGACAAUCCAGUAAGAGCUGAAGCUGGUAUCGCGAGUAUUCUUUUGAAAACGACAAAUAAGAGACCAGUCGAUUUCAUAACACUUAUUGCUCGAGCAUCGACUAUCGAACAUCAAGAAACACGACGUAUAUUCUAUGUAUCUUGA